UGUUUUGCUCUUCAUAAUAAUACAACAAACAACAACGAUAGAGAACGAAAUCAGUGGAAAAUAAACUAAAAUUCCGCUCGCAAACAAAACAAAAAAAUGAGUCUUAGAUUAAAACAGACAAAGUUGCUUGGUGUUAACAAAUAAAACUCAAGCGAAAAUGCUUAGUGCUGCAAUAAAUGAAGAAAAAAAAUUGUUAAAAUUAUCAGUUCUCUAAAAUGUUAAUUAACAGUGCGAGGCUACUGCAGCCUACAGACUUUGUGUGUUUUUUUGUUUUUGUUUUUAAGCUAACGGAAAAUUAAGUAUACGUACACAGAUAGAGCUUAAAACAACAUUAGGAAUAAUAAGUGCCGCUGCAAACAUGUUUUCCGGCAGCAGCGGAGGCCAUAGUCAUGUCAUUAGCUGUGCAGAUGCUCUGCAGGAUUGCGAUGGCUAUGACUUCACGAAAAAUGAAAAUGCAGCUCGCUGGCGUGGUCUAUUCAUACCAUCGCUGCGCAAGGUGCUGGAGCAAGUGCAUCCGCGGGUAACAGCCAAAGAGGAUGCUCUAAUGUAUGUGGAGAAGUUGUGUUUGCGCAUUCUGGCCAUUUUAUGUGCCAAGCCGCUGCCCCACUCCGUGCAGGAUGUGGAAGAGAAGGUUAACAAAUCGUUUCCAUCCCCCAUCGAUCAAUGGGCGCUCAAGGAAGCACACGAAGUGAUUAAUUCAAAAAAGCGUAAAAGUGUCCUACCCACAGAGCGUGUUCACUCGCUGCUCCAGAAGGAUGUGCUCCAAUAUAAGAUUGAUAGUUCCGUCUCAGCUUUCCUGGUGGCCGUUCUCGAGUACAUUUCGGCGGAUAUAUUGAAAAUGGCCGGGGAUUAUGUUUGCAAAAUCUCGCAUUGCGAGAUCACCAAGGAGGACAUUGAGGUGGUAAUGAAUGCCGAUCGAGUGCUCAUGGAUAUGUUCAAUCAGAGCUCUGACCUGAAGCAAAACGUCCUGCCCAGUCCCCUCUCGCUGCCUCCGCAGAGGGCUAGCGCCACAUACGAAGAGACUGUGAAAGAACUCAUCCACGAUGAGAAGCAAUAUCAGCGCGAUCUUCACAUGAUUAUUCGAGUUUUUCGCGAGGAACUGGUCAAGAUAGUGCGCGACCCGAAGGAGCUCGAACCCAUUUUCAGUAACAUCAUGGACAUCUAUGAGGUGACAGUGACGCUUCUGGGCUCACUCGAGGACGUCAUAGAGAUGUCGCAAGAACAAAAUGCUCCCUGUGUGGGCAGUUGCUUUGAGGAACUUGCCGAAGCGGAGGAAUUCGAUGUAUAUAAGAAGUAUGCCCAUGAUGUGACCUCGCAGGCCUCCCGUGAUGCCCUCAGCCAAUUGUUGGCCAAGCCAGACGCUUUAUCCCUGAUCUCUGCUGGCCAUGGCUUUCGCGAUGCCGUUAAGUAUUAUUUACCAAAGCUCCUUUUGGUCCCCAUAUGCCAUGCCUUUGUUUACUUCGAUUAUAUCAAGCAUUUGAUGGAUCUCAGUUCGUCGCAGGAUGAUAUUGAAAGUUUUGUGCAGGUUCAGGGUCUGCUGCAUCCUUUGCAUUGCGAUCUUGAAAAGGUAAUGGCUGGUCUGUCCAAGGACCGUAUGGUUCCAGUCAGUGGACGCGUGCGACGUCAAUUGGCGAUUGAGAGAACUCGGGAGCUGCAACUCAAGGUGGAGCACUGGGACGACAAAGAUGUGGGUCAGAAUUGCAAUGAAUUUAUACGCGAUGAUUCUCUAAGUAAACUCGGUUCAGGCAAACGCAUUUGGAGCGAACGCAAAGUGUUUCUCUUCGAUGGGUUAAUGGUCCUGUGCAAGGCCAAUACAAAGAAGCAAACCCCCUCGGCCGGAUGCACCGCCUACGAUUAUCGGCUGAAGGAGAAGUUCUUCAUGCGACGGGUCGAGAUCAAUGACAGAGUCGACACAGAUGAGUUAAAAAAUAGUUUCGAGCUGGUGACCCGAAUGCAGCCUGCUAUUGUUUUGACUGCCAAGAAUGCACAGCAUAAGAACGAUUGGAUGGCCGAUCUAAUAAUGGUCAAUACAAAAUCCAUGCUAGAUCGAAUAUUGGACAGCAUAUUGCAGGAUAUUGAACGCAAACAUCCGUUGCGCAUGCCCAAUCCAGAGAUCUACAAAUUUGCCAUACCCGACAGCAGCGAAAACAUUGUGCUGGAGGAGCGCGAGAGCGCCGGAGUGCCCAUGAUCAAGGGGGCAACGCUGUGCAAGCUAAUCGAACGCCUAACCUAUCACAUUUAUGCGGAUCCGACAUUUGUGCGUACGUUUCUCACCACAUAUCGAUAUUUUUGUUCACCCCCCCAACUGCUUCAACUGCUAAUCGAACGGUUCAAUAUACCCGAUCCGAGUCUGGUCUAUCAGGAUUGCGGAGCUGGCGGGGCUGGUGGAGCUGGAGGAUUGGCUGGCGGUGGUGAUAAGGAGCACAAGAACUCUCAGCGUGAGGAUUGGAAGCGUUACCGCAAGGAGUUUGUGCAGCCGGUGCAGUUCCGCGUCCUCAAUGUCCUUCGCCAUUGGGUGGAUCAUCAUUUCUAUGAUUUUGAGAAGGAUCCCACAUUACUCGACAAAUUGCUGCAUUUUUUGGAGCACGUAAAUGGCAAAUCCAUGCGCAAGUGGGUCGAUUCUGUACUCAAAAUUGUUCAGCGUAAAGUGAGUAUAAGCCUUUUCUUUGAUAUUGUCUGCCAUUUGCUAAGGAUUCAUUUUUUGUUUCUUGUCUCCAUUGAACAGAAUGAACAGGAAAAAAGCAAUAAAAAGAUUGUCUAUGCCUAUGGCCAUGAUCCGCCACCCAUUGAAAACCACCUGAGUGUGCCUAACGAGGAGAUCAACCUACUCACCUUACAUCCUCUAGAGCUGGCACGUCAGCUAACGCUGCUGGAAUUCGAAAUGUACAAGAAUGUGAAGCCAUCGGAGUUGGUCGGCUCCCCAUGGACGAAGAAGGACAAAGAACUAAAGAGUCCCAAUUUGCUCAAAAUCAUGAAGCACACCACCAAUGUGACCCGGUGGAUCGAAAAAUCGAUAACAGAGGCCGAAAACUAUGAGGAGCGUGUGGCCAUUAUGCAGCGUGCGAUUGAAGUGAUGAUGGUUAUGCUGGAACUGAACAACUUCAAUGGCAUUCUCUCGAUUGUGGCCGCUUUGGGUACGGCAUCGGUGUAUCGCUUGCGCUGGACAUUUCAAGGACUGCCCGAGCGCUACCGCAAGUUCCUCGACGAGUGCCGUGAACUGAGCGAUGAUCAUCUCAAGAAAUAUCAAGAGCGGCUGCGAUCCAUUAAUCCGCCCUGUGUGCCAUUCUUUGGUCGGUAUUUGACCAAUAUUCUUCAUUUGGAAGAGGGUAAUCCGGAUUUGCUGGCAAACACGGAACUAAUCAAUUUCUCGAAACGUCGAAAAGUCGCCGAAAUUAUCGGUGAAAUUCAACAGUAUCAAAAUCAGCCAUAUUGUCUUAACGAGGAGCCAAUUAUACGGCAAUUUUUGGAGCAACUUGAUCCAUUUAGCGGACUCUCAGACAAGGAAAUGUGCGACAAUCCAUACAAAGAGAGUUUGCGCAUUGAACCGCGUGGUUGCAAGACAUGGCCUAAAUUUCCCCGUAAAUGGCCGCACAUUCCACUCAAAUCGCCUGGCAUCAAGCCGCGUCGUCAGAACCAGAACAACAGCAACAGCAAAACUCAGCCCCAAACAGCUGCCGCAGCAGCAGCAGCAACAUCUGCAGCUGCGGUCGUCGUGCCAUCUACCACAAACCACAAUCCUCCUCCAUCCAGCAUAGAACCACCACAAGGGGCGGCCAACGUGUUGGGCGAUCAAAGUCCCCAGCAUAAUCCUCAUGCUUUCUCUGUAUUCGCGCCAGUCAUUAUACCGGAACGCAAUGGUACCAGCUGGAGUGGCACACCUUUGCAUCAUCCGGCCAAUCGUUCGGACACUAACAACGGAGAGGUGGCGGCGCCAGCCCCCCAUUUACCUCGAAAACCGGCAGCUCAUGUAUGGACCAACAAUGCAAUGGCAAUGACUGCAAAUCCUACGGAUACGUUUAGCCCAAGUCUGCUGGAACAGCAGCAGCAGCAACAGCAUCAACUACCAGAUACCACACACAAUCCAUUCGCUAUGGCAAUGACCGAUGCAGAUGCUCCCCCCUCACCGUUACCAAAACUAGUAGUUAGUCCGAAUCGGUCACCAUUCCAUGCGCGAACUCAAUACAGUCCCACGCAUAGCAUAGCCAGUACGGUGACUCUCACGGGAGCAGCGACUAGUUUAGCAGGAACAGAAGGAGGAGAUUUGAGUCCUCAGCUUGGUGGCUUCUACUAUAACAGCGCCCAUCAGACCGGACAAGUGGGGGCAGUGCCCAUUUCUCCGCAUGUAAAUGUUCCAAGCGUUUCGAAUAUCGAGUAUCGGGCAGUGCCGCCUCCACUGCCACCGCGACGUAAAGAGCGCACCGACAGCUGCGCAGAUAUGGCCCAGAAGCGCCAGGCCCCAGAUGCCCCAACGUUACCCCCACGCGAUGGCGAACUAAGUCCGCCGCCUAUACCGCCGAGACUCAAUCAUUCCACGGGCACCAUAGGCAGCCAUGGUCGGCAUAGUCAUGGCCAGGCAAAGGAGUUUGCGGGCAAGAACAGUUUGCUUCUGCCCAAUACUAGCAGUAUUAUGAUACGUCGGAAUUCGGCCAUAGAAAAGCGAGCAGCAGCAGCUGCGCAACAGCAACAGAUGGGAGUGUCCAGCUCUUUGGGCUGCAAUCAGACCACCACUUUUGUCACUGUGUCACAGCCGCAGGCAACAACAGGGUCUGAGGAGCAGCAGCAUCCGCCGCAAUCGAUCUCACCGGCGUUAAGCUCGUCGACAACUACAUCACCCAUGACCCCCAUGACUCCCAUGUCCCCGCACAUUCCCAGCAAUCCUGUCGAGAGCACUCAUCAGCUUCGCUUGAAGCCGCAACAACCCCACCAGCAAUCUCAUUCGAUACCUACCCAUCAUCACCAGCAUUCUCAUCAUCAGCAACAUCAUCAUCCGCACCCGCAUCCACUCCCACAUGCCCAUCCACAGACCCACAAUGCCAGCCAAUCACAAAACCGCUCGUCCCCAAAGGAAUUCUACUCCAUUUCUACGAGUCACGAGGGCACCCCCAAACUUCCACCAAAACCUAGUCUAAGCGCAAACUUCUAUAACAAUCCAGAUAAAGGUACGAUGUUUCUUUACCCAAGUACAAACCAAGAAUAAUAUUGCCUGGCGAUGUGAUAGGACAAAAACACAAGAAAUUAAACAAAUAUAUAUAUAUACAGAAAAUACGAAAAUGAUCCGUAAUAUUUGUCGGCAUGAAAUUGAAAUUAAAACUAUAUAUAUAUAUAAAUAUAUAUAUCUAUUCACACAUACUUUGGUAUGUGUGUGUUCUAGUAGAAAGAGAGUUAUGCAUAUUAAGAACCGAAUAAGACCUGAAGAUUUGUAUUAUUCGAAACUCACAAAACACACA